GAUCAUUGAGAUGUCACUUUCCAUUUUUGAAUUUCACUGAUUUUUUUUUUCGUGAUCAUGGUGAACUUUAUAGGUGUGAACGAGCACUGAUGUCAUCUGUAAAUGUGCGAAACUGCGUUCAGUUUUACCAAAUUGCUGAUGAGAUCGGAGCUGAAACCCUGAAAAACCACUGCUCAGAACUAAUAUCAACUCAUUGGAGCGACUUCACCAGUGAUGAUUUUGCCCAUAUGAAUGCUCCAUUGUUAUACCAGAUGUUCAAGGCUAAAACAGAUUAUCCUCUUCAUAUGGCAGUCAGAACUGAGAGAGAGGAUGUUGUAUUUCUCUAUCUAAUCGAAUAUGAUUCUCAGUUACCUGGAAAACUGAAUGAAAUUGACUUGCAAGGUGAUUUGCCGUUAGAUCUUGCUCUAAAGACCCAACAGGAGAGUAUCAGCAAAACACUUGUUAGUCAUCGAGCUAGCGUGAAUGCCACUGAUAGCCAUGGAGAGACUUUACUUCACAAAGCAGUAAAAAGAGGGGAUGAAUUUGCAGCAAACUUUCUGAUAGAACAUAAAGCAUCGGUUAACAGUACGACUCCAAUAGAAAAGGAAACUCCUCUUCAUCUAGUGUCGAGCUUUGGUUUGGAGGAUGCCAACAAGGAUAUUGUAGAAGGAAUGACAAGAGUAGCUGAAAAAUUAGUGAAAAAUGGAGCCAACCCUAACCUUCAGGACAGUAAUGGAAACACUGCUUUACAUAGAGCAGUAGCAGCUAAAAACACCCCAGUAUUUUCGUUAUUACUGGCAUCUGAAAAUUUAGACCUGGAGCUAAGAAACGUAAAUGGAGAAACUGUUCUCUGGUAUGCUCUUCAGUUUGGAAGCUAUGACGAUGACAGCUUUGCUGCUCGUUUGGUGAAGCGAGGAGCCUGCGUUGAUGCUAUCAAUCCGUCUAAUGGUGAUAGUUUACUCCAUCUGGCAGCAAGAGCUAGAAAUGAACCAGCGGGAGUAUUUCUGGCAACUCAUGGUGCAAUACCUAACUUGACCAACAAUAAAGGAGAAAGUCCCCUCCAUGUAGCCUGUGAGAAUGGGUUAUCACACUUAUCUACUGUGUUGCUGCAGCAAGGAGCUAACCCUAAUCUCCAGACAACCGAUCGUAAUUCUGUCGAAGUGUUUACUGCUGAAAAUGAUGAAAACUUUGCUUUUCAACAAACUCCUUUGCACUUAGCAAUAAGGAAUGGUCAUGAGGAAACUAUCAAUGCAAUUAUAGAACACAAAGUCUAUACACACCAUUCCACUGAUUCAUCAAUCAUAGUCCCUAACUUCAAUCUUAAAAACUCUCGUGACCAGUCUCCACUGAGCUUAGCCCUUGACUUGGGGCUUCACGGAAUUUCCCACAAGCUUUUAAGUUGUGGUGCUAAUAUCAAUGUCACCAACUCUGAAGGACUAAGUCUCUUGCAUCAGGCAAUACAAGACCAGGAUGUUAAGAGUGCAUUAUUCCUGUUGGAGAACGGAGCGGAUAUUUCUCUUUUGACCAAAGACAAUGAUACACCUCUGCAGCUGGCCAUAAAGCGCCACCUUCCUGCUGUAGUUGAAGCCCUCUGUUUACGAGGAGCUGACAUGAAUGUAUUAGAUGAAAACAAAAACUACCCUCUGUGGGUCGCAUUAGAAAGUGGGCAAGAAGACAUAUCAUCAAUCUUGGUCAAACAUGGAUGCGAUUGUGACUGUUGGGGUGAAGGCCCUGGAGGAUGUUACCAAACACUUUUACAUCGUUCACUUGAUGAAAACAACGAGUCUGUAGCAUGUUUUUUAAUCAGAAGUGGAUGUGACCUGAAUACUGCCAGGAGACCUAGUCCUGAUGGUAAAGGAGAUGAAGAAGCAUAUGAUGGGCAGACUCCUCUUCACUUAUCAUGUGCAUGGGGAUUAGAGAGGGUUGUUCAAACACUCAUGGAACACGGGUGUAACUUAAACACACAGGAUACUGAAGGGAGAACUCCUAUCCACGUGGCUAUAGCCAACCAGAACACAGUGAUCAUCUCUCUUCUGUUGGCUCACCCCGAGCUUGAUCUGACACUGCGCGACAGGCAAGGUUUGACACCUUUUGCAGCUGCUAUGAUGCUCAAGAAUAAUAAAGCUGCAGAAUCAAUCUUGGCAAGGGAACCAAAAGCUGCAGAACAGCACGACAACAAAGGAAGAAAUUUUCUCCACCUCGCCAUCCAGAAGUCAGACAUCGAAAGUGUUUUGUUCCUGUUGAGUGUCAAUGUCAACAUUCAUUCUAGGGUACAGGAUUCUUCCCAACUGACUCCACUUCAUGUUGCAGUAGAAACUGGAGCAGAAAUGAUUGUCAGGAACUUGCUAUUAGCAGGAGCCAGUAUUAAUGACACGACACCUCAGAAACAAACAGCACUCCACAUUGCUGCUGCUUUGGAUCAUAGUGCCAUUUGUUCCGUUCUUUUGGAGAACUCUAUUGACUUUGAUGCUGUAGACAUCAAUCUUAAUAACGCUCUUCACCUGGCAUGCCAGAAAGGAAACUUAGCAACCUGCAGAGUUCUGCUCACUGAAUCUCGAAUCAAUGCUGAAGCUCAUAACCUCAGAGGCCAGACUCCUGUUCACGUAUUAGCUCAGUAUGGAAGAGAAAAUGCUGCCGCUAUUUUUGAAUUGUUCAUGGAAAGUAUGCCAGAAUAUCCAAUUAAUAAUCCAGAUGCAGAAGGAAAUACACCUCUGUUAUUAGCAUACAUGAAUGGCAACGGGAAUUUGUCUCGAGCAAUUGUACGAGCAGGAGCGUGCCUGGGAACUUGUAAUAAGCAGGGAGUGAAUAUCUUCAACUUCCAAGUUGCUACAAAACAACUGCUCUUCAGAUUAUUAGAUUUUCUACCAAGAGAACCACCGUGGGCCGAAGGUGAAUAUUGUUUGGAGUGUGGAACCAAGUUUAACAUAAAGACUCGCAAACACCACUGCCGACACUGUGGUCGUAUUCUUUGCUCUCGGUGUUCUGAAAGAGACAUGCCAAUCUUGAAAUUCAACUUGAACAAAGCAGUACGUGUCUGUGAGAUGUGCUUCGAUGUUCUGACGCUAGGAUCAUCCAUGUAAAAAAAAAAUGUGAAUACACCUUUGUAUAGCUUCAACCAUUUUGCCGACUAUCGCAUGAACAAAGAUGAUGGCCUUCAUGAUGGCUUAAUUUGAUAUACAAAAUCCAUCUUCGCUAUCGAAUAAAAUCUGUUUUUGAUCACUUCGGUGUUCGUAUGUAAAGUAUGUUUGUAUGUUUUGAAGCAGAUAUAUUCUCACUGUUGUUUUUGUGCAAACUAAAGAAAAAGUAUUGUAUAAAAUAAAUAAUUGUUAAAUAAUAUGAUGAACUUAUGAAACAUUUUUUAAGUUUUUUCCCCCUUAAUAGUAGUAAUUAUAAAGUGUAUCUGACAGUCUGGACUACAAGUACUAUUUUUCAGACUUUUUUUUUUUCAUGGAAUACUUGUGAAUCUAUAUAAACGUAAAGCUUGAUAUAUAUGUUAUAAAUUGUUGUAUUUAAUUCUGUACGUAUAUUGUACGGCAUACUUUUUGAAAUUGUCUUUGUUCCUCUGUUUUACUUUUUUUGUACUUACGGCCUCACUAGGUCAGUGAAAUUGUUUUAUGAUAACUAUUGUUUGUGAAUUCUAAAUUCUUUAAAAAAAAAGAACUGUGAAAUUCACGUUUCCAAUAAAAAAUAUAUUUCUUUAAAAGUACACGUUUUCUACCGAGUAUUUCAGAAUUUUAGUAAGCUUUAUCUCAUAUUUAACAGUAAAAUAGUUAUUUUAAGCUAUGACGCUGUUAGCUUUUCCAUC